GAAAGCCGUCAGUCAUGUCCACCGGCAGCAGCGUGAGAUCGUACAAGGAGCGCUGCGUGGACCCGGUGGAAAACAGACUCCCUGAUCCCAGAACAGUGAACAAAGCUCACCUGAAGGACUCUAACGGGAAAGAAUCAGAAACCAUCGGCUUCAUCCCUGGUUCGGCUGAUCCUUCAUCUGCGACGCAAACCUGCAACCCCUGCGUACCGACCAACAGCUGCAGGAGUUUUGUGUGCAGCGUCUUAACAUGUGGACUGUAUCGAGUCUGCCAGAGAUCCAUUUUAUCUCCGUGCAUCAAGGAGAGAUCCCCGGAUGAACCAGAGCACGUGAGCCUACCAUCUGUAAACGCAGGAGUAGACAAAGAGGAGGAAGAAGACGACGAAGGAGAUUGGCUCGGCGACGUCUGCUUCGCUGGAGUAAAAGUCAACACUUCAAGAGAGUAUUUAGAUGAAGAUAGAUCUCAGUCGUUUGUGGUUUCAACCGGUGGUCAGAAACAGGCGUCGCUGCACGAGUCCAUGAGGUUUUUGGACUGGGAGGACGGAGAGGAGAACGUGGAUUCUCUGAUCACAAAGAAGCUGCUGGAGCUUUACUCUGAGUAUCAGAUCGAGGAGUUGGCCAGGUGCACAACAGACUCUGUGUUCCUGAGGAAGAGCAAAGCCAUCAACCAGCUCAUCAACUCUCUGGCAGAGGAACAUAAGAUGGGAGAGCAGGAGGCAGAGUGCAGAUUGGUGAGAGGAAUCAUCCGCAUCAGCACCAGAAAGAGCAGCAAGAGGAGGCCGAACGUCUCUAAGAGGGAGAGGACGAUGUCGGACAGCGGCAACGAGACCAUGAGGGAGAGCGACUCGUUUUCAUUCAGCAACAACAAUGACUACAAAUCAAAUCCAAACAUCCAGAUAUCAGAGCUGACCUCCUCGGACCAGUGUGCCAGAGAGAUGUGGAGGACCAACGGAG